AGACGUCUCGGGAUCGGCCAUGAAGAGACACUUCUUCAGUUCGUCAACCUACUAAGACUGAUACAUACACACACACACACACAUACCUGAGACACCUGCUAAAGAUAACAAGAAGAUGCUGCCUGUGGCUCCACCUUUAUCAUGGUCAAUGUGACACCUGGAACCCCUCCGCCUGAAAUGCACCUGCAUGGCUAUAACUACUUUGCAUUGGUCGUCGGUGUCCUUCUGAUCCUGGUCAUCAUCCUGGGAAACACCCUGGUGUGUCUGAGCGUGCUCACUGAGCGCUCACUAAAGACCGCCACCAAUUACUUCAUCAUCAGCCUGGCGGUAGCCGACCUGCUGCUCGCCGUGCUCGUGCUUCCGCUCUUCAUCUACUCAGAGUUUCUUGGAGGGGUCUGGACUUUGAGCACCUUUACCUGUGAUGCUCUGAUGACCAUGGAUGUGAUGCUGUGCACGGCCUCCAUCCUUAACCUGUGUGCUAUCAGCGUUGACAGAUACAUCGCGGUUGUGGUCCCUCUGAAGUACAACAGGAACCAGUUCAGUGUCCGUCAGCUGGCCCUCAUCGCUGCCACCUGGCUGCUGUCUCUGGGCGUGGCCAGUCCGGUGAUCUUUGGUCUGAACCAGGUCCCGGGCCGCGAUCCAACCGUGUGCAGACUGGAGGAUGACCGUUUCGUAGUGUACUCGUCCAUGUGCUCAUUCUUCGUACCGUGCCCCGUCAUGCUCUUCCUGUACUACUGGAUGUUUCAGGGCCUGCGGCGUUGGAGCGGACGCAGCCGAUCUCAGGGGGCUCCGGCUGCUCGUCCAGCUUUCUCUCUGCGCCUGGGCUUGGUUCUGCGGCGAGCUAAAUCCCCAACAGCAGUCAGUCAGGAGAAAGUCCUGUAUGCCCCACCGGCCAGCCUUAGCCCCAUUUCUCCAUCUUCCAUUUCUAUAACAACGCCAUCUGGGACCCAGGUGACAGAGGAGCAACAGGAUCAGGGGGCGGCAGUGGAAAGUGACCCGAUGACCACGAGGGGAGACAGUGUGUCAGAUGGAGAGUUCACAGAGAGAAGGGGGGGCAGCAGGAAUGAGAACAGCCUGAUGACUAGGAGCGCUGCAAAGAGAAGAAGAAGAACAAGCAAGAGCAGCCGAGUCAGCGGGCGGGAGAGGAAGGCCAUGAAGGUUCUUCCUGUGGUCGUUGGUGUCUUUCUGGCCUGUUGGACCCCUUUCUUCAUCGUCCACGUCACCAAAGUAUUGUGUCAGUCAUGUGACAUCGGACCCACCCUGAUCUCCGUGGUCACAUGGCUCGGAUAUGUCAACAGUGCCGUAAACCCGAUAAUCUACACUGCCUUCAACGUUGAGUUCAGGAACGUAUUUCACAAACUGCUCUGCUGUCGAGCACAAAACUAGAACUCAAGUUUUAUUUUGAAGGACACUAACUGAGUUCUAAUUUAGAGGUUUUAUCAUGUGCCAGUCUCUUAUUUUGGAGGUUUGAAAUGUGUGAUUUGUAAAUAAAUAAAUGAAUUAUUGUGGAUAUUUCAGCCCAGAGACAUGAACUAUGUAAACCAUUUAAAAUUGUAA